AAUAAAUGAAAUCCAUCUGCUGGGUUCGCAGCUAGUGGCAGAGUCAUGCAAGACUAUGAUGGCCAGCCAAAGAUUAUCGUAGGCCUGUUGCUUGAGCCCGUUUGCGUAUAUGUAUAUCAGAGCCACCCACACACAUCCUCUCCCGCCUGCCUGCAUCCCAGAAACAGGCUGUCCGUUCGUCGUUUUUUAUUCACUUCCCGUUCACCCCGUUCUGUAUUUAGCCUUGUCUUUGUAAGGCUGCGUCAACUACGGCGAAUAUACAAAGCUCCCCCAACAGCCUGCUCGCCUAGCCUGCUUACUUAGGCACACCUAUCGCACCUCCCUCCGCCACCUCCAACUAACACUUCUUUCCCACCCCCAUCCUCAUCCAACUUCUUGGACCGCUUUACUUUUUCUUACUUUAAUAAUACACACACCAAAUCCUGCUUAGGGAUAACUUCGAAAGAAGAAAAAGUUCUCUGUUCUUUUUUUAUCUCCUCCGCAUCUGAAGGGCCCUUUUUUCACGCGGACCCCCAAACUUCGAAACUCUGCGCUUUGAUUCCCGGCAUUGGGCCAACCAACAGGCGCAUACUGAAACUAGCAGCACGUUCACGCCUGGUGUUGGUUCACCGUGUGCCCCUACUUUUCAAAGACCCUGACCUCGUCUGCGCCUUAAAAGACCUCCAGAGACCUUCUUCGACAAGGCCCAUCUAAAUUUCAACCACUCUUACUAUUCUCUACCAACACACCUCCACUUGGUUAAGGCUUCGACUUAUCAACGCCGCAUAACUUCAAUCGUAUCAUCCUUACUUGGCUCAGUCUCUCGACUUCAAAAGUAGUUUGAUACCUAUUCCACAAGCUGUCAAGCUUCAUCAUCACAACCUCGUCGAAUAGUUUCAGGCAAUGGCGUCGAUAGUAUCCAACAACUACUUCGACCAACACGCUACCAAGCACCACCAGUAUCUACCACCACGACCUCCACCAUCGCCCCCGAUGGAGGAAACAACUAGAUGCUCUCUUCCAUCCAUCUCCAACCUGUUGGAGAUGGCAGACGCUGGAUCUCCCAAGGCUGGUACCACCACCUCGUCUCCUCGAUCCUCCCCUCGAAGCGAUGCAUACGCUUCCCCUGCUCUCAUGAAUAAGAGACGCGAACCGCCUUCAGCCCUUCCUCCAUAUGGCGCUCGCCAGACGUACCAGAAGGAAGGCCUCCCACCAACGCCUCCUCAAUCCACAGACAUGUCAUUUGACAAUCCUCGCUCACCACAUCGCUCCCAGUUCUCUCUGACAGGAUCACAAUCUCGUCAGUAUUACUCUAGAACACCUCCCCUGGAAUCCGACCCCUCAAGGCGACACGCAUAUGCCCCCAUCCCAGAGCCACGCCAGGCUCGCCACGACUAUCACCCGUCACCACUGCAACAUCAACAACUGGCUCGUGAUGGCUAUCAUUCUGCUCCCCGCGGACACCCAAUGCCACCGCCGCAGCACGGAGACAGCAAUGCGGCGAAUGGCUGGGAGCACCACCACCACUACCUGCACCCGUCUCAGAUGGCGCUUUUCCCGCAAAGCCAAGACCGCUACAUCUGCCCAACAUGCCACAAGGCCUUUAGCCGACCUAGCAGCCUGCGCAUUCACAGCCACUCACAUACAGGAGAGAAGCCUUUCAAAUGCCCUCACCCUGGCUGUGGCAAAGCCUUUAGCGUGCGAAGCAACAUGAAGCGUCACGAGAGGGGCUGCCAUGGUGUCGGAGCAGCCGAAGGCAAUGCUCCUGCUAGUGCAUACUCGUGGUCUGCGACUCACUAGAGACUCCACGGCACGUUUUGGAUUUACCCCUGCCAUCCAUUGCCUUGGCCGUCUUCAAGGCACAAGGCUGUACUAUUAUGACGAAAAUUUUGUACUAGCAGAGAUAAGGGAUCAAGGUGACUCUGAUACCGCGAGGUAUACAGGGCCUUGGAAGAACCCUGAUGACUUUACGGCACAUACGGCUGAGCUUGCGCUUUUAUUUGUGGUUGUUUUAUUGCUUUUACAUAUUGUUGGUUUGAAAAUAAAUAGGUUAUAGACUAGAACGGCGAAUUCACAUUUGAUAUUUACAUUUAC